GUAGAACGAUCGAUGCGUCGGUGGCUGCUCGACGCCGACUCGAACACCACGCUGGUCGUGCCAACGACGGAGCCGCCGCCCGUGGCGACGAGCAAUGAAGCGGGUUCGUCGCCGAGUCAAGGCUCGAGCAUCAUGCUCACGUUGUGCAUUGCCGGUGUCGUCUGGGUCGUCGUGCUUGUCGCCCUCGUCGUCUUCCGGCACAAGCGCAAGCAAACCAAGCUCGAGAGGCCGAUGGCGAUCAACAUCGAGUGCAGCACGAACGGAACCGCGAUCAUGACGACGUUGCACCGGUUCCCUGUGCACACGCUCCCGCCGUCCGAGCGCAGCAACCCCAUGAAGCGGUCGUCCCUCCCGCGCCUCCAGUCCUACGACGAGCCGCUCGACUACCACACGGUGACGUUUAUCGACAGCCCGUGCACGGACGCCAACUCGUCGAUGCUCAACGUCACGUACCACGAGUCGAUCAUCCAGAGCGAGCCGUCGCCGCCACUGCUCGAAGAGCUCCUCAUCGAGGACGACGACUACCGGUCCGACGGCGAAGAAGGCAGCUCGGCCACGUUCUACAGCCUUGCCGGAAAGGAGUCGAUCGACAGCUACGCCGAUCGCACGGGCCGCUCCUGGGCGCAGUCGAUUCAAAGCGCCGACAGCCAAGCGUCGUCCUCGGAUGGCUAUUUCACCAUGUCCACAACGCAACUUCCGUCGCUUUAGAUGCUAGGCUCUCAACCAUUAACUUAACUUGUUUUAUUAUCCUCCUCG